AACGUGGUAACAGUGUUGGAAGCGACCACAAGUGGGAGAGAGAUCCGUAGUUGCGGCUGCCUUGGCCGGCACUCACUCCAAGAUGACAGGUGUUGUGGCGUCGGGAGCGGCCUUCUUCCUCCUAGUGUUCCUCGCUCGCCUCACUCAGGGCUUCCAGGAGGACGAGUUUCUAGAUGGCCAGCUGACCUUAGUAGUGGAAGAUGCACUUGAUGGGGGACCGAAUCCUGCCUUCUUCCCUCGGUCGACGAUCCACGUGCGCUCAGUCAAGUCGGGCAAUGCUGUGGUCACACACACACGCCAGUGGACUCCAGAACUAGAAAAUAAGCUUCGGGCACUUGCAGAGAACGAUGAAUUGUAUCGCAUGCGAGUGUUCCACAAAGGUGCAGAAGAUAAGGGCUAUGUAUCAACAUUCACAAGGGCUUGUCAGAUCUAUGAGAGUGGACUGUCAGAGACCGUGAGUAUGAUGGUGGACAGUGCCGGGACUUCUGUGGUGGGCGUCGGUCUGAUCCCCCCUGUUGGUGUGUGUCGAGGGGAACCUCCGGAGAUUGCUCUGGUGCAGCACAACACGACGGUCAUCAUUAGAUCUCCAACACCAGCCCCUGUACCAGAUACAGCUACUUACAUAGAAAAGUUGGAAGCCAUGAAAAAUGAGAAGGCAGAAGGAAAGGAUAACAGAUCAUUUUUGGCUAAAUACUGGAUGUACAUUGUGCCGGUGGUGUUGAUCAUGGUGUUGUUUGGCGGCGGGCAAGAGGGCGGACGCUGAGCAGAUCCUGCUGCCGAGAUGUUCGUGCAUGGCACUGUUUGGCAGCCGAGAAGAGUGCGGACGCCAAGCAGAAGAUGCUGUGAGAAGCUUGUGUGUUAGCAUCUGUUUUCAGGAUGACAUAAUGGUGAAUAACUUUGGGUGAGUUUUAUUGUUUAUUGCAGACACAGGUUUGGUUCAGCCAUCGUACCGAUUAAAUAUGUUUAUAAUGGCUAAAUUUCUGUGUAAUUAUUGCCAAAGGAUUACAUUUUACUGGUUAUAUACUGGAUACUAUGUAUUGUAAAAAAUCCAAAAUCACUUCAUUCCUUAAAAAUAAAUGUUCUUGUAAAUAAACCUGAUUGUUAAUGUAAGUAGAAUACAUUGAUCAAAUUUUCUCUAUGUAAAUACUGUCUAUGUUGUUAUUCUACUCUGGUGUGUUCCAUGUUGUUUCGUCUGCUGUAGCCUCUGGCUGAGUACACCAAUGUUUAUGAAGUAAAAGUUAAGGGAAUUAAAUGUAUCUUGGAAGGAAGAACAUAUGCAAUUAAAAAAUUUCUUGUAUAUUCAGAAUGUGGGUUUUAUUUGCUAUUGUUUUUAUUAAUACUGUACUAUGAAAAUUAAUGUACAACAAAGUUCUCAAAAGAAUAUGUAUAAAUUUAUAGAAUGCUUCAGUAAUGUGUCAAUGUUUCUUCAUUCCUGAAAGUGCUCCUGUCAUUCUCAGACAAUUGACAGUCAGUGCUCCUGUCAUUCUCAGACAAUUGAGUCAGUGCUCCUGUCAUUUGUGAACGAUGUAAUGUGCCUCUUGACAUUGUUUCUAAAUAUUCUUGUCGUUCAAAAUGGGUUUCCAAAUGUGGUUGUCAUUCAAAACUUAGAGACCUCUGGUAAUCAUUUGCCACAUUGAGAAAUAAUUCUGCAAGUCUUGCUUACCAUCCUGGGCAUUAUUCCAACUAUUGGCACCUUAUCAUCAUCCUCCCUCUCUUGUUGUCUGUGAUCGGAAACAGUGAUGCCGUGCAAAAUUUCAAUAACAUUUUAUGGACCAUGAAGAUGUUUGUGACAAGGACAAAUCUAUUACAAAUAGUUUACGUGAAAAUUAUUUAUCGGAAUUUCAUAUUUUCAACAUUUCUUAACCUCGCUACAGCCAAGCUAAAAGGAUUAAAAAAAAUUGUCGUUAGAAAAAAAAAAUAUUUUAAGGCGUAAAAUGGAAGAAGAAUUUUUGUAUGCACACCUGAAAACGUACUUGAAAAUGGCCUUGCAGUUUGAGGGUUAAACAAGUUAAGAGUGAAGCAGUUGCAUACUCUCCCGGUGUGAAGGCUGGGCUGUUCCUGUGUCAUCUUGGCCAGUCACUUGGAAGUAACACAUUGUAUUCCCUUGAUAAACUUCUGGAAUUCUUUAUUAUUUUGUUCUACCUCAUUCGUAUAUUUUUUCAUGUUAUUUUUGAGUGGAAGUGUAGUACAGCAUGAGUAAUUGAACUGUGUUAUGUGCUGAGUAGAUUGUUCACUGAGGAGUAAAAGUCUAGUAUUUGCUGUAUGAGGGGGGAGUUGAGUAUUCACUGUAUGAGGAGGGGGUCGAGUAUUCACUGUAUGAGGAGGGGGUCGAGUAUUCACUGUAUGAGGAGGGGGUUGAGUAUUUGCUGUAUGAGGAGGGGUCGAGUAUUUGCUGUAUGAGGGGGGAGAUGAGUAUUCACUGUAUGAGGAGGGUGGUCGAGUAUUCACUGUAUGAGGAGGGGGUUGAGUAUUUGCUGUAUGAGGAGGGGUCGAGUAUUCACUGUAUGAGGAGGGGGGUCGAGUAUUUGCUGUAUGAGGAGGGGAGCUGAGUAUUCACUGUAUGAGGAGGGGGUCGAGUAUUUGCUGUAUGAGGAGGGGAGCUGAGUAUUCACUGUAUGAGGAGGGGGUCGAGUAUUUGCUGUAUGAGGAGGGGAGCUGAGUAUUCACUGUAUGCGGAGGGCGUCGAGUAUUUGCUGUAUGAGGAGGGGUCGAGUAUUCACUGUAUGAGGAGGGGGUCGAGUAUUUGCUGUAUGAGGAGGGGGUCGAGUAUUUGCUGUAUGAGGAGGGGGUUGAGUAUUUGCUGUAUGAGGAGGGGGUCGAGUAUUUGCUGUAUGAGGAGGGGUCGAGUAUUUGCUGUAUGAGGAGGGGGUCGAGUAUUUGCUGUAUGAGGAGGGGGUCGAGUAUUUGCUGUAUGAGGAGGGGGUCGAGUAUUUGCUGUAUGAGGAGGGGGUCGAGUAUAUGCUGUAUGAGGAGGGGGUCGAGUAUUUGCUGUAUGAGGAGGGGUCGAGUAUUUGCUGUAUGAGGGGUCGAGUAUUUACUGUAUGCGGAGGGUGUCGAGUAUUCGCUUUAUGAGGAGGGGAGUCGAGUAUUCACUGUAUGAGGGAGUCGAAUAUCUGCUGUACUAGGUUGAGGAGAAAUUGAGUAUUCACUACAUGAGGAAGAGUGUAGUAUUCACCGCACGAGGAAGAGUGCUGUAUUCACUACAUGAGGAAGAGUGCUGUAUUCACUGCACGAGGAAGAGUGCUGUAUUCACUGCACGAGGAAGAGUGUAGUAUUCACUGCACGAGGAAGAGUGUAGUAUUCACUGCACGAGGAAAAGUGUAGUAUUCACUGCACGAGGAAGAGUGCUGUAGUUACUGCAUGAGGAAGAGUGUAGUAUUCACUGCACGAGGAAGAGUGUAGUAUUCACUGCACGAGGAAGAGUGCUGUAGUUACUGCAUGAGGAAGAGUGUAGUAUUCACUGCACGAGGAAGAGUGUAGUAUUCACUACAUGAGGAAGAGUGCUGUAUUCACUGCACGAGGAAGAGUGUAGUAUUCACUGCACGAGGAAGAGUGUAGUAUUCACUGCACGAGGAAAAGUGUAGUAUUCACUGCACGAGGAAGAGUGCUGUAGUUACUGCAUGAGGAAGAGUGUAGUAUUCACUGCACGAGGAAGAGUGUAGUAUUCACUGCACGAGGAAGAGUGCUGUAGUUACUGCACGAGGAAGAGUGCUGUAGUUACUGCACGAGGAAGAGUGCUGUAGUCACUGCACGAGGAAGAGUGUAGUAUUCACUGCACGAGGAAGAGUGUAGUACUCACUGCACGAGGAAGAGUAGUAUUCACUGCAUGAGGAAGAAUGCUGUAGUUACUGCAUGAGGAAGAGUGUAGUAUUCACUGCACGAGGAAGAGUGUAGUAUUCACUACACGGGGAUGAGUGCUGUGGUUACUGCAUGAGGAAGAGUGUAGUAUUCACUACAUGAGGAAGAGUGCUAUAUUCACUACAUGAGGAAGAGUGCUAUAUUCACUACAUGAGGAAGAGUGCUGUAUUCACUACAUGAGGAAGAGUGUAGUAUUCACUACAUGAGGAAGAGUGCUGUAUUCACUACAUGAGGAAGAGUGUAGUAUUCACUACAUGAGGAAGAGUGCUAUAUUCACUUCAUGAGGAAGAGUGUAGUAUUCACUACAUGAGGAAGAGUGUAGUAUUCACUACAUGAGGAAGAGUGUAGUAUUCACUACAUGAGGAAGAGUGCUGUAUUCACUACAUGAGGAAGAGUGUAGUAUUCACUACAUGAGGAAGAGUGCUAUAUUCACUACAUGAGGAAGAGUGUAGUAUUCACUACAUGAGGAAGAGUGCUGUAUUCACUACAUGAGGAAGAGUGUAGUAUUCACUACAUGAGGAAGAGUGUAGUAUUCACUACAUGAGGAAGAGUGCUGUAGUUACUGCAUGAGGAGAAGUAUUUGCUGUAAUAGUGUGUCCAGAAGAUUAUAUCUGCAGUAAACCAACCACUGGAUAUAAAGCCAAUAUUUUGAGUGGUAGAAUGCCAUUCACUAUUGACAAUGUUCCACCUUGUCUCUCAAGAAAUGCUAUUCAACAUAUAAUUAAAUGUUUUUUAAUUUUAGUAUUAUGUAAUGUAGAGUAUUUUGCAUUUUUCUUGAUAAAGUACAUGUUCCGUAUAUGAGAGGCUUGUAAUCGCUAGCAAGACUUUAAGUAAUUAUAACAUACAGUAGUGCAAUUUUGUCUAGUAAAGUAUGCGUCUUAGCGAACUUGAAACUCACAAACUUGUCCAAUGGCGUGAUUAGUUGUCGCGUGGGAGAUGUGGUUGUGGGCCAGGCGGGAGCAGGAGUAAUCAUUACCAGUUAAGAUUAUUCAUUAAGCAAAUCUGAAGUUGUUAAUGUGUGUCCCCAUCUUCAAGAUGACAACUUUACACUAACCCCCUGAAGACCUCUUCCCAUCCAUCAUGGUGACACACCCUAUCAUGAUGUGUGACUCCCUCUUGUUGUAUGGUGACACCCCAUCAUGAUGUGUGACUCCCUCUUGUUGUAUGGUGACACCCCCCAUCACGAUGUGUGACUCCCUCUUGUUGUAUGGUGACACCCCAUCAUGAUGUGUGACUCCCUCUUGUUGUAUGGUGACACCCCAUCAUGAUGUGUGACUCCCUCUUGUUGUAUGGUGACACCCCAUCAUGAUGUGUGACUCCCUCUUGUAUGGUGACACCCCAUCAUGAUGUGUGACUCCCUCUUGUUGUAUGGUGACACCCCAUCACCAUGUGUGACUCCCUCUUGUUGUAUGGUGACACCCCAUCAUGAUGUGUGACUCCCUCUUGUUGUAUGGUGACACCCCCCAUCACGAUGUGUGACUCCCUCUUGUUGUAUGGUGACACACCCCAUCACUAUGUGUGACUCCCUCUUGUUGUAUGGUGACACCCCAUCACUGUGUGACUCCCUCUUGUUGUAUGGUGACACACCCCAUCACGAUGUGUGACUCCCUCUUGUUGUAUGGUGACACACCCCAUCACGAUGUGUGACUCCCUCUUGUUGUAUGGUGACACACCCCAUCACUAUGUGUGACUCCCUCUUGUUGUAUGGUGACACCCCAUCACGAUGUGUGACUCCCUCUUGUUGUAUGGUGACACACCCCAUCACUAUGUAUGACUCCCUCUUGUUGUAUGGUGACACCCCAUCACGAUGUGUGACUCCCUCUUGUUGUAUGGUGACACCCCCCAUCACGAUGUGUGACUCCCUCUUGUUGUAUGGUGACACCCCAUCACCAUGUGUGACUCCCUCUUGUUGUAUGGUGACACCCCAUCACCAUGUGUGACUCCCUCUUGUUGUAUGGUGACACCCCAUCAUGAUGUGUGACUCCCUCUUGUUGUAUGGUGACACCCCCCAUCACGAUGUGUGACUCCCUCUUGUUGUAUGGUGACACACCCCAUCACCAUGUGUGACUCCCUCUUGUAUGGUGACACCCCCCAUCACCAUGUGUGACUCCCUCUUGUUGUAUGGUGACACCCCAUCACCAUGUGUGACUCCCUCUUGUAUGGUGACACCCCCCAUCACCAUGUGUGACUCCCUCUUGUUGUAUGGUGACACCCCAUCACCAUGUGUGACUCCCUCUUGUAUGGUGACACCCCAUCAUGAUGUGUGACUCCCUCUUGUUGUAUGGUGACACCCCAUCAUGAUGUGUGACUCCCUCUUGUUGUAUGGUGACACCCCAUCACCAUGUGUGACUCCCUCUUGUUGUAUGGUGACACCCCAUCAUGAUGUGUGACUCCCUCUUGUUGUAUGGUGACACCCCCCAUCACGAUGUGUGACUCCCUCUUGUUGUAUGGUGACACACCCCAUCACCAUGUGUGACUCCCUCUUGUAUGGUGACACCCCCCAUCACGAUGUGUGACUCCCUCUUGUUGUAUGGUGACACCCCAUCACCAUGUGUGACUCCCUCUUGUUGUAUGGUGACACCCCAUCACCAUGUGUGACUCCCUCUUGUUGUAUGGUGACACCCCAUCAUGAUGUGUGACUCCCUCUUGUUGUAUGGUGACACCCCAUCAUGAUGUGUGACUCCCUCUUGUUGUAUGGUGACACCCCAUCACCAUGUGUGACUCCCUCUUGUAUGGUGACACCCCCCAUCACCAUGUGUGACUCCCUCUUGUUGUAUGGUGACACCCCCCAUCACCAUGUGUGACACCCUCUUGUUGUAUGGUGACACCCCCCAUCAUGAUGUGUGACUCCCUCUUGUUGUAUGGUGACACCCCAUCACCAUGUGUGACUCCCUCUUGUAUGGUGACACCCCCCAUCACCAUGUGUGACUCCCUCUUGUUGUAUGGUGACACCCCCCAUCACCAUGUGUGACUCCCUCUUGUUGUAUGGUGACACCCCCCAUCACCAUGUGUGACUCCCUCUUGUUGUAUGGUGACACCCCAUCAUGAUGUGUGACUCCCUCUUGUUGUAUGGUGACACCCCAUCACCAUAUGUGACUCCCUCUUGUAGUAUGGUGACCCCCCCCCCCUUCCUUACCCCUUUUUACAAACAUAUUCCUUGUUUGUUUUAUGUAUUGUAAUUAUCAAAGUUGUGUAAUGGGCUACAUAACAAUGCACUUCUGUGUCUAAAUAACUUUGAGUGCUGCCCACUUCACAGUAGAAGAAAGAUCCUUUGAUCUGUUGUUGAUAUCAAUUUGUAAAUUGGUUGACAUGGUUAAUUUUUUAGACUGAAACGGAAAGAACAUUCUUGUGUGAUGUUAAUUUAGACUUGAUAUACAGUGGUUCCAACGUUAUUAUCUUCAUAUGAAUGUUACCCUAAUGUGAAGCUAAAAAAAUCUAUGGUGUUCUGUAAGUUACGUUCUAUUGUGUAACAAUAGUGGUACUUGAGAAAACAAAAAAUAUAGGAAAUUGGUA